AGUGCGAAAACAUAUACUUGUCUCACUUUAACUUAUUGCACCAGUUCAGCAGUGCAGCUGAAAAGAACAGAUCAAUGAACUAUAGAUUUUCAGUAUUGACAGUGAAUUUCGGAAUGUAGCCACAGUCGCGCAACUGCAGAGACGUCAAAAUGGUUAGGAUAUAAUAAUCAGUCAAAGUUAAUUUAUUGUUCUAUUUACGAAAAAAUUGUAACAAAUAUUGUAUUAUAAUGGAGGAGCAAGGAAAACCAACGAUAGUAUUUCAUCCAAUUAUUUCCUCAAUACAAAAAAUUGCUCUAUACGAGACAAAAUCUCGAUUUUAUCUAAUGGGUUCAAACAAUACAUUAACACGUUUUCGAGUUUUGAAAAUCGACAGAAUGGAACCAAGAGAAUUGGUUGUAGUGGAUGAUAAGAGAGAAUACACUCAGGAUGAAAUAAAAGAUCUAGUCAACAUGAUAGAUAUGGGUAAUCGGACAAGAGUUGGACAGCGCAACAAUAUAGGUGGUGUUGCGCGUGUUGUAUCUGCUUUUGGGAUUGUUGGCAACAGUAGUAAAGAACCUGCACCCAGUACGAGUAGAUCAGAAGAGCCUGAACAACAAGAAUCGCAAAAGCCACUGCACAAACCGACACAAACUAAAUUUACCUGGAGGAACAUGUGGCAGAGAAAUACUUUUCCCAGGCUAGUGCCAGCUUUUGGUCUUCUUGGUUUCGUGCGUUUCCUGGAAGGAUACUAUAUAAUCCUGGUUACGAAGCGUCGCCGAGUCGCAGUCGUUGGUCAUCACACAGUUUACAAGAUAGAGGACACCGCAAUGAUAUACAUACCAAACGACAUCAUACGACUCUUCCAUCCAGACGAGCAGAGAUACGUCAAGAUGUUUCAGAGUAUCGAUCUCAGCAGUAACUUUUACUUCAGCUACUCGUACGACAUGUCGCAUACCUUUCAAAGUAACAUGGCACCACCGAGACACAUCAAAUCUGACGUUUCCACUGAUCCGUCGACUGGCCAGAAAGAGUCCGAUGAGUCGGAGAACUCUGGAGAUUUCUUUAACAUGUGGGCAUUCAGGAGAGAUUGGCACACCGAACGCGAAGGCGAGAAGUACGUGAAUUACGGUAUACGCAGCAAUCCGCAUCGACGCUUCGUGUGGAACUCUCACCUCCUGAAACCCGUGGAAAAGGAUCUGCAUCCCGACUGGAUACUGUAUAUAAUACACGGCUUUAUCGGUCAGUCGAACGUGAGCAUCUUCGGGAGAUCCAUGUACGUUACUAUUAUCGCGAGGAGAAGCAAUAAGUAUGCCGGCACACGAUUUCUAAAGCGCGGCGCAAAUUUCGAUGGAGACGUUGCCAAUGAAGUAGAAACGGAACAGAUCGUUCACGACUCCGGCGUGAGUUCUUUAAGUAAAGGACGCUUCAGUUCCUUCGUACAAAUGCGCGGAUCAGUGCCCGCUCAUUGGAGUCAGGACGUUAGCAAAAUGGUCCCGAAGCCGACCAUAACUUGCGACUUGGCUGACCCUUACGUGGAAACGGCAGGUGCGCACUUCAAUCAGCUGUUGAGAAGAUACGGAUCACCGAUAAUAAUAUUAAAUCUAGUGAAGAAACGGGAGAAGAAGAAACACGAGAGCACAUUGAGCGAAGAGUUGAGCAUGGCUGUGAAGUACUUAAAUCAGUUUCUACCUUUGGAGCACCAUAUCCAAUAUAUCAGUUUCGAUAUGGCACGUAUGAGCAAGAGGAAAGAAGUGAAUGUUAUGAGGCGUUUAGCAAAUAUCGCUUACAACGCAGUGUUAAAGACCGGCAUUUAUCAAUCGCAAAAUCCGUAUUACAGUCAGAGAUAUUUGUUCUCACCGCAGAACAACAACGUCAGGAAGCUUCACAAGACGAAUUCGAGCUCGACCUUGUCGUCCAAUUUGUGCGACGCCAGAUGUUCCGUUAACGCGUCGAUUAAGACAGACUGCAGCAAGCAAACGAAUUCUAUACACUGCUCCGAUUCAAGCGCGGAUAUCCAUCGAACGAACGAAUUGAAUCAAGUCGAGAGCAAAGUGAGGGAGUGUUUCGCCAGAAGAGGAACUUUGCAGACCGGAAUCAUCAGAACGAAUUGCGUAGACUGUUUAGAUCGCACCAACACGGCGCAGUUCGCGAUAGGGAAGUGCGCUUUAGGAUUCCAACUGUGCGCUCUGGGUGUGCUGGAAUCCCCCAAACUUGAGUUCGAUUCCGACUGCGUGAGAAUGUUGGAGGAACUGUACGAGGAUCACGGGGAUACUCUGGCCCUGCAAUACGGUGGAUCACAAUUGGUGCACAGAAUUAAAACGUACAGGAAAACUGCACCAUGGACUAGUCAGGGUAAUGAUAUUAUGCAAACCUUAAGCAGAUAUUACAGUAAUACGUUUAGCGACCAAGAGAAACAGCAUACGAUUAAUCUGUUUUUGGGAUUAUUCGUACCUGAAGAAGGCAAGCCUCCGAUAUGGGAACUUUUGACGGAUUAUUAUCUCCACCAUCCACCUGCCUGUCGGUACUUGCGUAAGACGAAGCUCCUAACACAAUGGUGGGAUAAAAAUGUAUUGAAAUGUCUCCCUUAUGCGCUAAGCGAAGUAACUAAAUCUUGCACGGAAAUGAUACAAGUGCAAAAUUCAAUGGAAGAAAUGAUUGAUGUUUAUUACGAUUAUCAUAGGCCAUAUGAAUUGUCUUUGCUGUCUGAAGUAUACGCAUAUAAAAUAAGUCACUCGGUCCGAGAUUUUAUGCCGCAUUUCACCACUUGCUACAGUCCAUUUGCCGUCCGCGUGCGACCAGGUAGGCGGAGAGAAGAAGCAGGUAGUAAAAACUUGAAUAUGAAAAAUCCAUCGAUGACCGGCCAAAGCAGUACGAGUAGCACAACUUCCAGCGCGAGCUCAAGCGAGGAUUCGAGCUCGGAUGAAGAUGAAAGCCAUCAACAGUUGGACGAUUCCCAACUGAUAGCUUCUAAGGACAACUCGGAACUAAUGUCCUUUGAAUCUUUGUUCCCUUCUAUGAAGGAAGUAUACGGCACACAACCGGAAUAUCCAAAGCGAAACGAUAUUAUUCUUUAUAAGAGAUUUGUUUUAAUAGGACGCAAUGCAACGCAUUCCACGGAUCAUACUAAACUGCGUUCGAAAUUGAUCCAACAAACAUCCUUUCCCGAAUCUAUGACUCCUAUUAUUGCAAUACCCAACGUUAAAGAUGCAAACAUCAGCAUAUAUGAACAAUACGUGAAAAGAGCUACGAAAGGUGGCUCUGUACCAAAUCCAAAUGAUAUGAAUUUAUAUGAGACUUAUACUAGUCAGCACAAACUAUUCAUGGAACGAGUAUGUUCCGGAUAAAAAUUAAUCAGCAUUAUGUCAAAGCUGUUUUAUAAAUGGAAAUAAUUAUUGUGUACGUAUAUAUAUAUAUAUAUAUAUAUAUAUAUAUAUAUAUUUGUAUAUUUUAUUAUAGGUGUAUGAAAGAAAUAAAGCAUUCAAUAUCUUA